AUGCUGCUUCUUCCGAUGAAGAACGCCCUUGCGCUCAAGCAUCUCGCAGAGAGCCUUGUGCUCCCGAUGGUGGGCAUCAACAAGGGUCUGAAGAGCAGUUAUCUCAUCCCGAGACCGAUCAACAAUCCCACGAGCUACCCUUAG